AGCCAAACCAAACAAGGCGUUAUAAAAGGGGGAAGGGGAAAGAAAGUUCCAAAAGAAGGAAGAAGCAAAUUAGCAAAGCCACCAAAAAUGGAAAACUGCUACUUAUAGUAACUCUAUCUUUUUUCUAUGCAAUACCCUAAUUUUGAUUCAGAGAAGAAGAAGAUGGGGAGAGGAAGGAUAGAGAUAAAGAAGAUUGAGAAUGUGAACAGUCGUCAAGUCACUUUCUCCAAGAGACGUAAUGGGCUGAUGAAGAAGGCCAACGAGCUUUCCAUCCUCUGCGACGCCGAGGUCGCCGUCAUCGUCUUCUCCAGCACCGGCAAGGCUUACGAUUUCUCCAGCGGAAGUAUGGAGCACAUUCUCUCUAGAUAUGGAUACAGUGCUGUGACGGCUGGUCAUAGACAAAGAGAAGAAGGCCAACAACUUCUACUUUGUUCUUCUUCUCAAGAAAAUGGCGAUGUGUUGCGGACAGAUGAAUCUUUGAGGAGUGAACUUGAGAGAUUACAGCUUGCAAUUGAGAGGCUCAAGGGUAAGGAGCUUGAGGGUAUGAGUUUCUCGGAUCUUGUUUCUCUUGAAAACACGCUGAAUGAUAGCUUGCAUAGCGUCAAGGAUCGAAAGACACAAAUCCUGCUCAACCAGGUGGAAAGAUCCAGGUUACAGGAGAAGAGAGCAUUGGAAGAGAACCAGCUUUUGCGCAAACAGAUAGAGUUGUUUGGAUCAGGACCCAAACCGCUGAGUGAAAUAACUCCAUUCUCUAGCCCGCAAGAAGAGCCUGAGAGCUCUUCAUCAGACGACGAUGACGAAAAUGACAACGAGGAGCUCCAGUCCAACACUUCCUUGCAGCUGGGGUUGGCUUCAUCAGCGUACUUUGCAAAGAGAAAGAAGCCAAAGAUUGAACCUCUCUGCGACAACUCUGGAAGUCAAGUGGCUUCUGAUUGAUCAAUUAGUAUUUUCCUAGUUAUGGUGUUUAGUAGAGGUUUUAUUGUGCAUUCUCCUUUUGUUUCAUGCCUGGUCUUUUGGUGUACAUCGUAUCAAGUAGAGUUUUAUGUUCUUAGGUAAUCAAAUGUUAGUUUCUCUUGUUAAAAGUUUCUAACAGAGAAGAAACAGAAGUUGAGAAUGAAUCAGGACAAGAAACUUGCAUCCAGUUUUUUUAUUUCAC